CGCUUACCGACUGUUAUUUCCUCCAACAACUUGAACACAGGAGGGAACGAACUGCUGAACACCCACUGCAUGACAGCAACUACUCCUGACCAGCAGAGUUGAUUUGGUAGUGUAACUCAGAAGUGUAUCAACUGAAUGUACGAAAAAACGGCCGAACAAGAAAGAUUGUGCAUAAACCGAAAGGAUGUUAGUCACCACAGGAUAAUGAAGCGCUGGACUGUAUUGAUAUGUGCGGUCGUUGCAGUAUUCUGUUGGCACCCGGUUGGACAUGUGUGUUGCUCUGAGCAAAGGCUGGCUGCCUCCCAGGCCCAGCCCCUGCCCCAGGCCCAGCCCCUGCCCCAGGCCCAACCCACACAGGACACCAGUCUGCUGCAGGAUCCCUCCCAGGAGGCAGACGCAGGACAGAUUGAUGAGUUGUCAGAGGCCCAAGAGACGGCACCUCCGUCUGAAACCAGCGUGCCGACAGAAGGCAGCCCUGUGGAGGAGGAGGCAUGGGCUCUGGGCCCUGCAUACACCGGAGAACAAGAGCAGGCCCCAGGAACAGAAGUGAUAGUGUUGGCAGAAGAACCCGUGCUGGAGAUGGAGGUGGCGGCUGAUACCAACGGGGACCCAGAGUUUCCUGUACCUGAGCCCCAAGAGCGCCCUGCCCAGCAGCCCUCCGCAGCCAUCACUGAGCCUGCCCUGGCCUUGCCUGCCUCUCCCAGCACUGCAGACACCACCACCCUGGAUAGUAGAGCAUCUACCAGCGCACCUACCUCACUAGAGUCAGCCGUCGAAGGUGCCCCAGAGUCCUUAGUAGGCGACCCCUCUGCACCUCCAGCACCCAGCACGGAUUCCUCCCCAGCGGACUGUGAGGCACUAGAAGGCUCCUCCUAUAGCAGUGUGCUUAAAGAUCUUCCAGCAGUGCUGGAGAACACCAAUGCAUCAGGAGGAGGGAAGGGGACCAGUACAGACGUGGACGCCCCAGCGGCGCAGUCAGGCCAGGGCAGCAACGCCUCGUCCAGCAUGCAGAAAGACAAGGGUACCCAAAUUGCCAAGGAAGUGGACUCUUCGGCACCGACUAAGGACCAGGAGGAUAUCCCUACUUUUGAUGAAUGGAAGAAGAAAAUGCUGGAAGUAGAGAUAGAGAAAAGUCAGAUCACACACACGUCUGCCAACGGGGGCAACCACGUGGCCAAGAAGGCACAGAAGAACUUACAGAACAACUACGCGUCUGUAGAGUGUGGGGCCAAGAUCUUAUCCUCAAACCCUGAAGCCAAGAGUACAUCUGCCAUUCUAAUGGAGAACAUGGACCUGUAUAUGCUGAACCCCUGCAGCAAUAAGAUCUGGUUUGUGAUUGAGCUCUGUGAGCCCAUUCAGGUGAAGAAGGUGGACAUCGCCAACUUUGAGCUCUUCUCCUCCACACCCAAGGACUUCCUGGUGUCCAUUAGUGACAGGUACCCAACGAAUAAGUGGGUCAAGCUGGGUACAUUCCAUGCCCGUGAUGAACGCACAGUCCAGAGCUUUCCACUAGAUGAGCAUCUCUUUGCCAAAUAUGUGAAGAUGUUCACCAAGUACAUAAAGGUGGAGUUGCUGUCUCACUUCGGCUCAGAGCACUUCUGUCCUCUCAGCCUCAUCAGGGUCUUUGGCACCAGCAUGGUGGAGGAGUAUGAGGAGAUCUCGGAUCCGUUGGAGAGAACGGACACCGUGGACGAUGAUGAUGAUUAUCCUCUUGGUCAUGUAGCAUCAGAGGCCAAACCUUCCAAUAACCUUAUUGGAUCGGCAAAGGACGUCAUCCUGAACAUGGUCAACAAUAUCGCUGCCAACGUGCUAGGGGGCAGUCCAGAGGGUAAUGGCACUGCAUCGGCUGGGAACGCCUCUGAUUCAUCUGCUGCGGCCGCCCAGACCUCCCCUGCCGCCACCCCCUCUCUGCAAAUUGAGAGCACUGGGCUCAGUGAAGCGGACGUGAAAGAGCUCCCCUCAACCUCCACUCGAGAGACUCCCACAGAAGAGACCCUGUCGCCAGAGGCCACCGGAGCCCCAAUAAUGCCCUCCACCGCGGUGGAUUCCACGCCAGCGUCCUCUGAGGUCAACCAGAUAGUGAUCCUGCUGCCGGCCGACGACGGCGACUCAUCAGGAACUCCAGACACAGACGCAGAAGGCAGUGGAGUGUUGAGGGAAGCCACGUCUGAGGAGCUCACCGAUGCACGCCUGCGAGAGAGCUCUGUCUACUGUGAAGAGCUUUCUUCAUCCUCCUCCUCCUCCUCCUGUAUGGCCUCCCUGCAGGAGCACCUCCUUCAGCAGUGCUCGGCGCUGCUGGCCCUACAGCGGAGACGCAGGAGGUCUCUGGGGAGACCCUCUAAUGUCACUUCCACCACCUCCUCCUCCACCACCACCUCCUCCUCAUCAUCAUCAUCUCCAGUCUCCUCCGAGGAGCAGCGUAUCUCCCCCACGUCUCCCACCCUUCAGGAGGACUCCAGGUCCACCAGAGACCUCGCCCCUCCCCCCGCUCAGGGCUCCUCCCUUCCUGAAGAACCUCCGCCCGUCUCCGUCAUCCAGCCCGUGGCUGACCCUCUGGAUCUGGCCCCCAGCCUGACCCCCUCGCUGUCCGAAACCUUCUCUUCAGAACCACCCUCCCACAAAUCCACCCCCGCCAUGGACCUCAGUGAGUCUUUGGUCUCGGACGCACAGGCAGAGGGCGGCAAGGAAACUGAGGCCCAGAGGAGGAAGACCCCCACCCCCUCAUCCACUGUCUCCUCGUCCCUCACCACCGCCACCGCCACCGAUGCCACCGGGGAGGGCACCAGCAGCGGUGAGGAGAGACCCGCGCUCACGGAGGUAGAGCAGCCCGGCGCGGAGCCAGAGGGUUCGACUCCCGUCCUCAGCGCCAUCGUGACGGAGCAGACCGCCCCUCCAUCUGCUCCUCCCUCCUCCCUCACGGAGCCACCUGCCCACCCAGCCCCCGAGGACGGGCCCAGGGGAGCAGAGGAGCCCCCGCCACUCUCGCCCCCGCUCUCACCCGUCUCCACGGAGACCACGGAUGGACUCACGGCCACCGAAGAGCCCAAGCUGGAGGACCUCAUUGAGGAGGCGAUCAGCCAGAUUCGUCUCUCCUCUUCCUCGGCAUCGGCUGUCUCGGGUUUUACCUCCUCCUCCUCCUCCGCGCAGGACAUCUUUUCGGAGAUGGCGAACGCCACGGAGGUGGCCGGCGGGGGUGGCGGCGGCGGCGUCCAGGGGCACGGCUCAGGCCAGAAGGAGUCGGUGUUCAUGCGGCUCAACAACCGCAUCAAAGCCCUGGAGAUGAACAUGUCCCUCAGCGGACGAUACCUGGAGCAGCUUAGCCAGAGGUAUCGCAAGCAAAUGGAAGAGAUGCAGAAGGCUUUCAACAAGACCAUCAUCGCCCUUCAAAACACCUCCAGGAUCGCAGAGGAGCAGGACCAGAGGCAGACCGAGUCCAUCCUGCUCCUCCAGGGCCAGUUGGAGAACAUCACUCAGCUGGUGCUCAACCUGUCCGUCAGGGUCAGCCAGCUGCAGAGAGAGGUGUCAGACAGGCAGAGCUACCUGCUGCUGUGUCUGGUGCUGUGUCUGCUGCUGGGCCUCGUCCUCUGCAUCAACCACUGCUGCCCCGCCUCCGCCCCGCCCACCGCCCAGCCUGGCUCCGCCCACACCAGCAACUACACUUACUGCUUCCCCGAAGGGUCUCUGGCUGGUUGUGAUGAUGAGCUGGGUCUCAAGAGGAGUGCGUCCUACCCUCUCCUCCAGUCUGCCUUCCAGAUUCCCACUACAGAAGGUCCAGCUGAGGCUUACAAUGUGGAAACUUCCAGAAAUCCACUGUUGAAUAAAAAGAAGAGGCGCUGUAAAAUCAAGCAGGCCCAGAAGAAGGUCGAGACGCUCCAGGCCACUGUGCUCCCAAAUCUGCCUCUGGCUAACGGUGGACCGGCGUGUUGUAGCGGCGGCGUCCGGACCCCCGUGCCACACCGGGACUCCCCGUCGCCCGAGGGAAGCUCAGAGGGCUCGUCGCACUCGGACGAGCCGUCCUUCUGCGGCGUGGCCACCUGCAGGCGCCUGUGCGACAGUCUGCCGGCCGAAGGCCGCACCCGGGCCGAGAAGCGGGCCUACAAGCGCCGGCGGUCCAAACCGAGCUGCGGCAGCGUGGUGGAGAUGCCGCAGGCCCCGCGGAGGAGGAGCGACCCCGUGCUCUCGGGCAGCGGGGGGCCGGUGCCCUCACUGCAGGACCUGAUGAAGGGCAAGCAGGAGAUGAGCGCGGGGACCCUGGGGGCCACGGCCAUCUCUGGCCCGCCUUGACGACCGCUCACGGCGUCUGCCCGGGGGAGGGGCCGGUGUGCCGUCAGUGCCUGUGCACUGGGCGCUGGACAGAGGCCUUGUGAAACCCACUCCUUUGGGGUUUUGUCUCAGUAGUAGUAGAGAGGUGGUGAGGUGAGGUGACUCCUGCUCAAAGUACCUCUAAUGGGACCGCUCUUCCACUUCCACUUCCACUCCCUUGUAAUUGUAAAAAAGAAAAAAGAA